GAGAAAAGAGAGCACAAACAGUCAGGAAGAUAGAAAGAGAGAGAGAGAGAGAGAAACGCCGAGGAUAUUGUUAUGGCUUUCCCGGGGCUCUGGCUCGUCGUGUUCGCCGUCUCCAACUUGCGCCUGACGCACGGGAACAACCGCCAUGCCGUGUACUGGAACAGCUCCAACAUCCAUUUACGGAGAGAGGGCUACACGGUACAGGUCAACGUCAAUGACUACUUGGACAUCUACUGCCCGCACUACAACUUGAGCCAGCGGGGGGCGCUGGAGCACGGCGUGGCCGAGCAGUAUGUGCUCUACAUGGUCAGCUACCGCGGCUAUCGCACCUGUGAUCCGCAGAUGGGCUUCAAACGCUGGGAGUGCAACCGGCCACACGCACCACACGCGCCGAUCAAAUUCUCGGAGAAGUUUCAGCGCUACAGUGCCUUCUCGCUCGGCUACGAGUUCAACGUGGGCCACGAGUAUUACUACAUAUCCACACCCACCCAUCACCAUGGCCACAGCUGUUUAAGACUGAGGGUAUUUGUGUGCUGCUCAACACUUUCGCAUGCAGGCGAUGAUGCAGACCAAAACCCUUCUGACUACACAGCCAGACCUAAAAUACACAACAUCGAUGAGUUUAACCAAAACAUCCCCAAACUGGAGAAGAGCGUCAGCGGGAGCAGUCCCUCUCGAGAUCGUCUGUUGGUGACCAUUGUGAUGCUCCUCCUGGUUGCUCUUCUCAUCUCCUAGCUACUGUCUCCAAGCUACUUGUAGAACUUGUAGGAAAUCAUAGCAGUAGAUCUGUUACACCAGUGGCCUUUGGGACCGAGGGCUGGACAAAGCAGAACAAUCCAAAAUAAAAUAAAAAAAUUUAAAAGCCCUCAACUGAACGGAUUUGAUGGAUGAUUGUUGAGUCAAUCUGAAUGUUGAUAUGUGAACUUGCCCUUGUGAUGGAAGACAAAUGUUCUUAGGAUGUAACAGAUGAAGAUAUCGAAUGGAAUUUCGAAGCAGUUGUCAUCUAAUUAUACAGAAAACCACAUCUGGAUUAUUGUAGGCUCUGUACAUCUCAAAGUCUGUAACAUUUCGAAUAACAUUGAACCUUCCCAGAUUGGUGGAAAGACCAAACCUUGGUCAGAUCUUGUGCAUCGAACUGUUAGUCAAAGCGCGAGACUUUGAAGACUCCACCGGAUUAUUAAAACGUGUUUUGAGAGCGAAGGAACAAGACGAAUUCGUGUAUUUGAAAUAUUG